AUGCCUAAAGAACAAGAAGCUGGGGGGAAAGAGGUGUGCAGAUACCAGAUCAAAGAAUCGGACAAAGAAGAGGAACCACCAGCUUCUUCAGCCCAUGGCCAGGGGUGGCGUCCAAGUGACCGAGCAGCUAAGAACUCAAAGCCUGAACCUGGGGCCAGACACUCGGCACUCCCUGCCAUGGUCAAUGACCCACCAGUACCCGCCUUGCUGUGGGCCCAGGAGGUGGGCCACGUCUUGGCGGGUCGUGCCCGCAAGCUGCUGCUGCAGUUUGGGGUGCUCUUCUGUACCAUCCUUCUCCUGCUCUGGGUGUCUGUCUUCCUCUACGGCUCUUUCUACUAUUCCUACAUGCCGACAGUCAGCCACCUCAGCCCUGUGCAUUUCUACUACAGGACUGACUGUGAUUCCUCCACCUCCUUACUCUGCUCCUUCCCUGUUGCCAAUGUCUCGCUGGCUAAGGGUGGACGUGACCGGUCACGAACCGUGAUGUUGCAUUACCGCUCAAACCUGCUCCAGAUGCUUGACACACUGGUCUUCUCUAGCCUCCUGCUGUUUGGCUUUGCAGAGCAGAAGCAGCUCCUGGAGGUGGAGCUCUACCCGGAAUACAGAGAGAACUCGUAUGUGCCGACCACCGGCGCGAUCAUCGAGAUCCACAGCAAGCGCGUCCAGAUGUACGGAGCCUACCUCCGCAUCCACGCCCACUUCACCGGGCUCAGGUACUUACUGUACAACUUCCCGAUGACCUGUGCCUUCAUCGGCAUCGCCAGCAACUUCACGUUCCUCAGCGUCAUCGUGCUCUUCAGCUACAUGCAGUGGGUGUGGGGGGGCAUCUGGCCCCGCCACCGCUUGUCUCUGCAGGUAAACAUCCGGAAAAGAGACAGUUCCCGGAAGGCAGUGCAGCGAAGAAUCUCUGCCCACCCUCCAGGGCCCCAAGGCCAGGAGGAGUCAACGCAGCUGUCAGACAUCACAGAGGACAUUGGUGAGAGCCCUAAAGACCCCCCAGGGGCAGAGGGUCAGCUCUUGGAGGAGGAGAAACCCGAUCAGCAGCCCUUGACUGGAGAGGAGGAGCUGGAGCCAGAGGCCAGUGAUGGUUCAGGCUCUUGGGAAGAUGCAGCUUUGCUGACGGAGGCCAACCUGCCUGCCCCUGGCCUUGCCCCUGCCCCUGCCCCGGAGACUCUGGGCAGCUCUGAACCCUCUGUGGGCAGUCUCCGACAGCGGCCCACCUGCUCUAGUUCCUGAAGAGAACGAGGCAGAGUCCCCACAUUCCAGCCCUUUCCCACCUGACUCCCUUCCCUUUCCUGUGUCUUCCCCCAAUAAACUAUUUUCAUG